CACAUCGCCGAAGAAGAGUGCUUGCAGUGAUUCGCGAAGCGUGUCCCUGAAUCUCCUGGCGCGAUACGCGCCUCUGGUCGAGCAGCACAGCCUCUCCUUUUUGGCAUGUUUGAUUACCCCUGCCCUCUCCAAUUCAAAAUUGUUAUUCUAUAUUCAGAUGCGUUCAUGGAACAAUAUUCAUAAUGUCAUUGUACUAUAUAGUACAGUAAAGAUGGCGGAAUCUUCCUGCAACAGACUCGCCUCGAAUGGAAUGGAUCAAGAGAUCGAGGCUCAAGCAAAAGAGUUUCUUGCAUUUCUAGAGCAAUGCAGUCAACACACGUACGUUCCGGUACCUAUGGAUGGAUGACACUCUUGCGAUGCGAUGCGAAUGCCACGAAAAGAUCACUGACUAGGAAUGAAACGACGUUUGAACGCUCUGGCUGUACAAUAUAGGCGCGCCUCUGCUACGGCGGAUAUCACCUUGUGCUUGGCCCAGCUGCGCAUAUUUCUGGAACGGAUCCAACCCAUUAUCGAGUCUGCAGCAACCGAUGCCAGCAUCGACACCGCUACCUCUGGGGUCGUGCGAGUUGAAGGCGUGAUUCUAGAUGCGUCGACGCUAUACCAUACACUUGAGCCUCUUCUCUCACGCCUUUGCGGAAACCCUGUUGCACUGGCCAACGAGGCGAUCGCAGACUUGAUAGCAAAAUCCGUGCUCAAGUAUUCAAAACUGACAGCGGACUUAUGGAACGAUGGUUGGUCAACGCACGGUAGAGGCAGACAGGCAUCGGAAAUGGAAACCUUCAAGGCUAGACUGCAGUUAAAGUGGCGCGUUGCCCGAAUGCGAGACAUGUUCCAGAUUCCUCGACGGUGGUGUCCUAGUGAGUUGAAAAGAAAUGAUUUCGGGAAGGAGCACGCAGUUGGAUAUGUAGAUCGGAAUGUGGAGACCAGGGGCAGGAGCAAGGAUCAGUCGAAGGGGGUCUUCGAAGAUCUCUUCCAGGUCACGGAGCAGGAGAUACGGCAACAAAGGCUUGAGGAAACGAUAGGGAACUUGUCAAAGACAUUGAGAGAUUUUGAGGAUAUAGUAUUGUCAUUGAGCGAGCCACUUAUGGAGACGGAUCUGUUGUCCAUGGUUCAAUGGAACCGUCAAUUGUCCGGAUUAUACGCCCCUCUCGUCUCAAAGCCCACCACAACUGCACUCACUGAGAGGAUCAUCGAUGUGGCAUAUACCAUAAAGACGAGAUUGAUCCAUGUCAACGGCACAAGCAGUCUGUCGCCGCCUGUGCUCCUGGACAAUGCAUUCGUAGAACAAGUCAUGCUGCUCUCGGGAAACUAUGGACCGACACUACAAUCGCUGCGCGGUCAUCGAGCCCUGCUCCGGCUCAGCAAUGUGUCGUCUAUCGCGCGCCAGCGACAUGUUGUUCAACUAGUGGACAGUGUCAUAGUAGCGAGUGUACAGCACCCUGAAUUCUCACUAUCACGCGAGGACAUUCUCGCGGGGCACCUUUCAUCGCCUUCGUCGCUUUUCUCUAUCAUGUCUUCCAACAGACACCUUGCAGAAUCGCAAGAGCUUGUGCAGCCAGUUCUGGAGGACCUUGCAAGAGUGGCGGGCGAAAUAUCUGAUUGGCGAUUCGUCCGGAUCUGCAUCCUCCUGACCGAAUGGGUAUUAAGUCGAAGGCAACACUACCGCCACCAUCAGGAAGACAUGGAUGUUGAUCACACAAACUUUGUGGGAAGCGACCUGAGGGCCGCCCCAGAUACAGAUACUUCAACAGCAAUUUUUUUCUCUAUCAUGGUGUCGAGUGCUUGUUCGCUUUUGGAAAACCACCCGACUAAAAGCAGCACUAGCAAUCUAUCAAACAAAGACCAUACGCAAUCGGGGGAGAUGAGCCAGUGGAUGAGCGCGCAGAAGAGCUAUAUCUUUUGCUCCGCAGGGCCCCACCAGCUGCCUGUACGUAGAAGUCUCGUGUUCCUUAUCGGCAUGGCGAUCGCUCAGCGCAAUAACUUUUUGGUCCAAAAGAUCAGGAAUCAUUUUGAGGCUCUAGAGAAGCCACAGCAGUACCAGGGACUCUCAGACGUUGCAAACCCUCUCACACUGUUCAUAGCUGGAUUGGUUCUGGCAUUCGGACCGGAAUCGUCGCUGGAAACAGCCGUGCACGAGACACUUGGGAAGAUGCUAAGAGAGAUCCAGAAAGUAUGCGCUACGUGCGGUCAUAAUUCUUGGACAGAAGAGGGCAUGUCGGUCGUGCCAUUGGGGGACACACUGAGAAAGUACCAGUCUCUCCUGCGGAUCAAUGUGAUAAUAUUGGCGGAUUUAAUCUGUGCAAUAGGCGUUUAUAUGGAUUGGAAAGACGCGACUUCCUGGCGCGCUAUAAUCAAAGUUGCUCUUUCCAUAAUACUGGAGCCAAGGACACAAUUCCAGAUAAUUUCAAUGCCCCUCUUCGCACGGUUACAUGAUAUUGCUGAGAGCGCCGAUAUCGCUGGACUCAACGAUGCGUUACGUGUCGCCAGUAACGUUUUAUAUUUUAACCAAAAAAAAGACUGAAUAAAGAGCAUGACAUCCACUGUUUAAAAUCAUAACGUUUAGAUUAGCUUAAAGACUCAAAUGGAGACUGAAAGAGGAAGAGAAGUGAA